ACACAUUUUACUAAAUUAGUAAUGUAAGAAUUUGAUGUUAUAAGUAUUAUGAUAAAAAUUUGCGCAUCUUUAUCCGUACGAAUCUGUAUUCAGCAGAUAGACACUAGCGAUGGAUUUGAUAUAUCUCGAUGUAUAAGGCAAAAGCAACAACAAUCAAAGAGGCUUUGGAGAAAUGGGAGGAGAAAACUAAAGAAAAGGUGAGCGAGGCCUCAGCAGUGAAGCUUUACUGUCAGAUUCCUCCCAUUGAGAAAAUGGACGCAUCCCUCUCCAAUCUUGUCAACUGCGAGAGAUUAUCCUUAUCUACAAACUGUAUUGAGAAAAUUGCCAACUUGAAUGGCUUGAAGAACCUGAAAAUACUGUCCCUGGGGAGGAACAACAUCAAAAACCUUAAUGGACUUGAGGCAGUAGGUGAUACUUUGGAGGAGCUGUGGAUCUCUUAUAACCUCAUAGAAAAGCUAAAGGGGAUACAUGUUAUGAAGAAACUCAAAGUUCUGUACAUGUCCAACAACUUGGUCAAGGAGUGGGCUGAGUUUCUGAAAAUGGCAGACCUUCCAUCUCUGGUGGAUCUUGUGUUUGUGGGGAACCCAUUAGAAGAAAAGUACGCUGCUGAUGGCAACUGGAUAGAGGAAGCUACAAAGAGGCUUCCCAAGCUUAAAAAGCUAGAUGGCAUCCCAGUCAUCAAGCGAGAGGAAGAGGAAGCUGAAGGGGAAAGUUAAUGCUUUUUUAUUCUAAUAUUGGUCUGUUUUAUGUCAAACACCAGCAUUUUAACAAUUAAAACUCUGUGCAAUAUUUG